AUGUCCUCGCAAAGCCAACCUCCUGAUCCAAAGACAACUACGUCACAGCCGAAACAAGCGAGAUCGAGAAAAGCUGCAGUUCCGGCUGAACAGAAUGUUUCUGGGAGAGCAGGCUCCGCCGGUGGAGUCAUGCUAGAGAAGGACCGUACUGCGAAGGGAACAGCUCCUUCUAAACCGGCUGCAAAGGCCGCAGCUGUUGCGACUUCGGAGGUCGAGGAUAAAGAUGCAGCGAUCACCUCAACAGGCCCCAACAGACAACGGAGGCGACCACGAAAGCUCAACAGAGACACUCCUGCCAAUGACGCUCCCUCCGCCGCUACUGGCGCGCCGAUCACGCCGGCCCCUACCACCGAGAUCGAAGCGUUGAAAUCCCGUGUUCGGGGGCUCGAAGCAAAGGUUGAGGAGCUUUAUCAGUCGUCAGAAGGGAGAACUCGCUCGCCUCGACGUCGCGGCAAGGGCCGUAAAAACUCGUCCGCGCAGUCAGUCCCUACGGUCAACACUGUUUCUGCCGAGGUCGAGGAGGAAGAAGCAGACGAGGAGCUCAUACGCGCUGAAGAAGAGCUAGAAAGCGCAAGGCAGGAGUUGGAGAUCUACCAACCCAGAAACAGAAUGCGGGGCAAGAGGUCUACGUCGGGCGAUAUAGAUUACAUUGAAGAGAUUCCACGAGAGGGAGCCGAAGAGAUGAUAGACAACGAAGGGCGUCAGGUUACUCUGACAGGCAGCUAUCGCAUUCCCCUGCCUGCUAAGCUUGAUAUGAAGGAUGUAAAGACCAUACAAUCUGGAGUCUCAGCGGCCCAAAAUGUUGCAAGAUCCUUCCUCGAGCAACGCCGGGCCGCUCGUGGGGCUUCCGCAUCCUCCAAUCCGCCCACUCCAAGUGCGGCAUCCGCGAAGUCGACGAAUACUACGCCCAAGCCUAGCAGGAAGACGAGCAGCAUGGAAGUCACAAAGGAAACGGAUGGCAAGAGCUGGGGUGAGUGGUUUGGCGGGUACAGUGUGGCCAUUAGCAGGGCAGUCAAGACCAUCGAAGCGGAAGCCGCAGUCGAGACCCAGAGAGCGCAAGCGAGUGCACCGGCUGCGGCACCUGGGUCGAGGAAAGCGUCUGGAAAGAGACCUACAGCGAGGGGAAGGCAGAGUGAGGGAGUUGCUUAG